AGCAGGAGCCCGCUGUGUGUAGGGGGUCUCCGCCGCUCUCCAGGCUCUGCAGGAGGUUGGGUGAAGUUUGGUGACCUGGAGCGGUGCGGAUCCGCCUAAGCCAGUGCUGACCACUGAGUCAGCGCUUCUGCUGCCGCUGCGGAUGGUCGUGUCGGAGCUGCCACAUAGCUCAACAUGAACUUUAACCGUCAAGAUAAUUUAAAAAGUGAACAGAAUAAAAUCUCUUCUUCUGAGAGCUGGCUGUGGGAUUCUGAGGUUCUCCAGCAGUGCAGUCCUAUUCACUGCCUUUUCCUGAAACAGGACAUGGAGCUAAGUUCCUUUCUUCAUGUUAGGUGCUAAGGAAGUUAUUUGUUUCAUCACGGGAAAUGCAGAUCCAUGAAAUUACAUUUUGUGCAAGUUGUUGUUAACUCUGUUGGCAAUGUCUAUGAUUUUAUCUGCCUCUGUGGUCCGUGUGAGGGAUGGACUUCCACUUUCUGCAUCUACUGAUUAUGACCAGAGCAUGGGAAUGCAAGAAUGUAGAAAAUAUUUUAAAUUGCUCUCAAAAAAACUUUCUCAGCUUCCUGAUAGAUGUACUCUGAAAACUGGACAGUAUAAUAUAAAUUUUAUAAGUUCUCUGGGAGUAAGCUAUAUGAUGUUGUGCACUGAAAAUUAUCCCAGUGUCCUGGCUUUCUGUUUCCUGGAUGAGCUUCAGAAGGAGUUCAUCACUACAUACAAUAUGAUGAAGACAAACACUGCUAUCAGACCAUACUGUUUUAUAGAGUUUGAUAAUUUCAUUCAGAGGACCAAGCAGAGAUACAACAACACACGUUCUUUGUCAACAAAGAUGAAUCUUGCUGAUAUGCAGACAGAAAUCAAACUGAGACCACCGUAUCAAAUUUCUGUGUCAGAACUUGGUUCAGCCAAUGGCUUUUCUCAUGUACCUGUGGGGAUGUAUAAGGGUACUGGUAAGAUAUCUGCAGCUCCUCAUCAGCGUCUGGAACCUGUGACUCUGCCGGGGAUUGUCUCAUUUGUCCUUAGUCUGUUAUGUGGAGCUUUGAAUUUAAUCCGUGGCUUCCAUGCCAUAGAAAGCCUUCUCCAGAAUGAAGGUGAAGAUUUCAGCUACGUUAUUGCAUUUUUUCUUGGAACGGCAGCCUGUUUGUACCAGUGUUACCUGUUUGUGUACUACACAGGCUGGAGGAAUGCCAAAUCCUUCCUGACUUUUGGGUUGAUCUGCCUGUGUAACAUGUACCUGUAUGAACUGCGUAACCUGUGGCAGCUCUUCUUCCAUGUGACUGUGGGAGCUUUUUCUACCUUACAGAUCCGACUGCGGCAACCCCAGGGAAAGUCCCCUGAUUACAAUGUCUGACAAGUCCUGGAACAU